CCUCUGUUCGCACUAUAGCCUUUCAUUUAAGAUCAACCCAUAACUUGGCGCCCGCCCGCAGAAGUCCAUAGAACUGGUAUCUCUCGUCCCCUCGUCGCACCACAUCCGCCAGCAUGCCUGGCUUCGAUUUCUCUAACUAUAACCGCAAUGCGGCCUUACACGCGCGGGGCGUCCCUUUGCCCAAGGCGACCAGCACUGGUACUACUAUCGUCGGGUGCAUAUAUGACGAGGGUGUAGUGAUCGCCGCCGAUACUCGAGCCACCAGCGGGCCUAUUGUUGCCGACAAAAACUGCGAGAAGCUACAUUACAUUUCGCCCCAGAUCUGGUGUGCGGGCGCCGGUACUGCCGCCGAUACCGAAUUCACUACCGCACUCAUCUCUUCCCAGCUUGAGCUACACUCUCUGUCGACCGGCCGGAAGCCCCGUGUCGUCACCUGUAUGACCCUCCUUAAGCAGCAUCUCUUUCGAUAUCAAGGGCACAUCGGGGCAUACCUCGUAGUUGCCGGUGUCGAUCCCACCGGAACCCACCUUUUCACCGUCCACGCCCACGGCAGUACGGACAAGCUUCCCUAUGUAACCAUGGGCUCGGGGUCGCUGGCGGCUAUGUCCGUCUUCGAGUCGCAAUGGAAGCCCGACUGCACCAAGGAGGAUGCAAUGCAACUCUGCUCUCAAGCUAUCCAGGCCGGUAUAUUCAAUGAUUUAGGCUCAGGGUCCAACGUUGACUUAGCUGUCAUCACGGCUGAUAAGACUACCCUACACCGCGGCUUUGUCAAACCGAACGAGCGGAGUCUGAAGCUGAAGAAUUAUAAAUUCAAACGAGGCACUACCGCUGUACUGAAUGAGAAGAUCAUCACCAGAGACGAGAUUGGAAAAUAUGUCAGUGUCCAGGAGCUGGAGUCGACUGAGGGUGAAAAGAUGGACGUGGACUCGUGAGACACGCGAGCUCCUACGGGGUCUGGCGCAGGCUCCCUGUACUGAGGUCCACAUACCUAUGAUAAUUGAAGGAUGCUCUGUUCACAAAUGGGAUAGUUCACAGGUACCUUUUAGGCGGUGGUGCGAACCACUGCGCCAUAUGGCCUCUGAAG